GCCAGCAGAAGCGUCUGCCUCACACUUUUCCCCCACGUUCAGUUCCUGGUUCAUUUUUCCUGUUUGCGAGUCAAGCGAGUGUUCGUCACUUUUGUCUUUCUCUGCGGGAUUAAAAGCGGCAAACAUCUUUUUGUUUCGCGCUGACAUCAUGAACUUGUUUUUAUUCUUUCUUCUGGUCGUGCAAAUGCACAGCGUGACGCCUGUGAUUCACACGCUGCAGUAUUUCCUCACUGCGUCCUCUCAAGUUCCAAACUUCCCAGAGUUUGUGGAGGUUGGUUAUGUUGAUGGAGUUCAGAUUUCUCACUAUGACAGCAACAGCAGGAAAGCAGAAGCCAAACAGGACUGGAUGAACAAAAUCACAGCAGAGGAUCCAAAAUACUGGCAGAGACAAACAGAGAUCAGUGUUGGUAAUGAGUUGAGGGACAAACACAACCUUAAAGUUCUUAAGAAGCGUUUCAACCAAACUGGAGGUGUUCACAUUCUCCAGAGGAUGUCUGGAUGUGAAUGGAAUGAUGAGACUGAUGAAGUUAAAGGUUGGGAUCAGAGAGGUUAUGAUGGAGAAGAUUACAUAUCGUUGGACAUGAAGACAUGGACAUUUACUGCAGCAAAACAACAAGCUUUCCCCACCAAACUCAAGAGGGACCAGGACAAACAUCUACUAGAAUACUAUAAGUUUUACUUCACUGAGGAUUGUCCUUCUUACUUGAAGAAGCAUGUGAACAAUGGGAAGGAGGUCCUAAUGAGAACAGAGCUUCCAGAGGUGUUCCUGCUCCAGAAGACGCCGUCCUCUCCGGUCAGCUGCAUGGCGACAGGUUUCUACCCCGACGGUGCCGACCUGUUUUGGAGGAAAGACGGCGAGCAGAUCUUCGAGGACGUGGAGCACGGAGAGAUACUCCCCAACCACGACGGAACCUUCCAGAUGUCGGUGGCGCUGAAAGUGGAGGUGACGGCCGACGUGGAGGGCAAGUACGAAUGUGUGUUUCAGCUGUCAGGCGUCAAGGAGGACUUGGUCACCAAGCUGGAGAGAAGAAGCAUCCUGAGCAACGCAAGCCAUGAAGACAACUUGAGCGUCGCCCUCGCUGCCACGGCGGCGGUCCUCGCUGUGGCGGCCAUCAUCAUCAUCAUCAUCAUCAUGGUCAUGGUCAGGCGUCACAGAAACAGACAAGCCCAGUACGAUCCAGCUGCUCGCCACGGCGGCGUGGAGCUCGACGAGAACGUGCAGGCGGCUGAAGGCUGAGAUGCUUUGUGCACUGGAACACAGGGAGAUGUCUCCAUCGCUGAGGGACGUCAUCACACUCGGAGAUGAGAUGGAGAUGUGCUUUGUUCUUCGUCCGACUGCUCCUCACGCUAUUCCAUGUAUUCUUCUUUGGCCGUUAAAAGACUUUCAAGAUCAAACGUUGGUGGCUGUAAAAUUGCACGUUUCAUGGCCUUGACGUCAUGACGAGGAUUUCUUCUUUUCUUUCAAUGGCCGCUGCUUAUGAUCAAUAUCACAUUGUGUCACAUCUCUGUCAAUAAAUCCGUUUUUUCUCCA